AUGUCUAUUCAAGACUUGACAAGACGAGAAUUCAAGAUCUUGCUGCGGUAUUCAGGUCCUGUGGUGCUGACGUAUAUCCUUCAAAACUCGUUACAGUUGGCAAGUUUAGUCUCGUUGGGUCACCUUGGAUCUAUCGAAUUGGCGGCGUCUUCAUUAGCAUCCAUGUUUGCUGCUGUGACCUGUUGGUCUGUAUCAUUGGGUACUGCAACAGCACUGGAUACCCUUUGUUCUCAAUCCUAUACCUCUCAUCACCCACACACCUUGGGCCUACACCUCCAACGCGCCAUCCUAAUUCUCAUGCUCUUGUUCGUCCCCAUUGCCGCCAUCUGGUUAUCUUCAGAACAGAUCUUUGCAUUGUUGGGUCAGGAACCAGCCCUGGCAGAACAUGCGGCCAUCUUCUUACGUGGACUCUUACCAGGUGCUCCAGCCUUCUUGAUCUUUGAAUGUGCAAAGAAGUUUUUGCAGGCACAGGGAAAUAUGCAUGCCAGCACCUAUGUUCUUUUGAUUGCGUCUCCCAUCAACGUCGUCUUGAACUAUGUCUUGGUCUGGAACCCUUACAUCGGUAUGGGAUACAUCGGAGCCCCCAUUGCGACCAGCAUCUCUUAUUGGAACAUGCUGAUCCUCUUGAUACUUUACAUUCGAUUCGUGGAUGGAUACCAAGGAUGGGGCGGAUGGACCCGUGAAUGUUUAACUGGCUGGCGAGAAUUCUUGAAACUGGCCUUGCCAGGCGUGAUGAUGGUCUGCACAGAAUGGUGGGCCUUUGAGGUCAUGUCUUUGGCCGCUUCGUAUCUUGGCACAAUCGCUUUGGCAGCUCAGUCAGUAGUGGUCCAGACCUCCGGAUUGUUAUACACGAUCCCCUUUGGAAUUUCAAUCGCUGCCAGUAACCGAGUCGGUAACUUGAUCGGCAUGGGCGAUGCACGAUCUGCAAAGGUGGCAUCGAGAGUAUCUAUAGCACUGGCGAUCAUCUUCGGCAUGACCAACUCCCUGAUGCUGAUCCUCUUUAAAGAACGAUGGGGAAGGUUGUUUAGCGAGGAUGCAGAAGUGAUCCAGACGGUCGCGAUGGUGUUGCCUUUGGUGGCUUUGUAUCAGAUCAGUGACGGAUUGGCCGGUGUCGGAGGUGGUGUCCUUCGAGGCGUUGGAUUACAACAUUUGGGUGCAUACUUGAACUUGGUCGCCUAUUACCUCGUAGCCUUCCCUCUGGGCUACUUCUUCGCGUUCAAGCUGCAGUGGGGAUUGAAGGGUCUCUGGUCUGCACUGUGUGUGGCAUUAUGGAUGGUAGGCCUGGGUGAACUAUGGGUGAUCUUUAAGACCAACUGGCCAGCGGAGGUUAGGAAAUGUAAGGCCAGGAAUGACCUCUUGGCCAAAAGGACAUUGGAAUCUGAAGCCGAAGCGGUCCAGACCCUGUUAGACGCAGAUAUGAAUAAUGAAGAUGACGAAAGGAGUUUAGUGGAGUAUCGUGUUUAA